CAGGGGGUCAGUGUAAAACGGCCUUCUGUCCGCAACGUGUCGAACGUCGUUCCUAUAAGCUUCGUCUGUUCACCGUGGUGUCACUCUUGUUCGUUUACAAACACGUUUCGCAAAUCGAAACGGGUGAGAUCGUUUCGUCGUUAGGUAACACGGACAGUGUGUCGAUCGUCGAAACGUCGUCGUGGCCAUAGUCGAUAAAACACGCUGACUCGCGUUGUACGAGGAUAAAAGAUUAUCGUGCUCGUUAAUGGCUGCCAGGGUCGUCGGCUAGAGGCCGUUCAGCGAAGUUUUCGAGCCGCCAGCGCGAUAACACAGCCCGUACCCGAUGAGUGUUAGAUCGGCAGGCGGACACAUGGUGAAGCAGAGGAGGUUCAUCGGCAAUACGAAUAACAAGAUGAUCAACAUACGAGAAUAUUUAUAGGUUUUUUUAGAUUUCAGAGAACGACGGGGAGAAAGGAUAAAGAGAGAGAGAGAGAGAGAGAGAGAUAUACCGCGUCCAUGCUAUGGUCAGCCUUUGCAACGACCACGCGACGACCCGAUUUCCCGUUUUUUACGUAAUCCUUAGCGAGAUGUUUGAUUUUCACGCACAGAUCCAAUUUUCGUGCCGACGUUCGUGCGAGAGAGGACGAGUUUGAGAUUGAUUUAUCGGCGGAAAAGUGAUAUAAAAUAAUCAUCGUGGACGGAGGAAUAGAGAAAGGGAACGGAGUGGAACGGAAACAUGAUUUCUCCUUAACGCGGCGAAAACCAUCGAUCAGAGAUUGAUAGAUACACAUAGGUUGUAUCUUCGUUCCACUCGUAUCCGCAGCCAUAUUCGAGUUGGCGUUUCGUUGGAGUACAGGUUUUUCUUAGGUUUACAGGGAUUGUUCUAGUAUUGGUAUCGAAAAGAGAUAGAGGAUAAGCCAAAGCGAACCAGUGAUAUUUUUUAUGCAGUAUUUUUCUUCCAUUAUUACGAGCAAAUAAAGCGAGCAAAAGAGAAAGAAGGAGAAAACGAGAGUAUUUUGAUGAAAAAUAUAAAAUAAGGACGAAAGAAUUGAUAUUUAUAUAUACAUACAUAUAUAUAUAUAUAUAUAUAUAUAUAUAUACAUAUAUUGGACGAAUUUAUAAACAGAGAGAGAGAGAGAUUCUUUUCUUUUUUUUUAACUUGUUUCUACUCGACUCGAGAGCCGACAUCGGCAGGUUUUCUUCAAAAUGAGUUGUUAAUUAAGAAUGCGCAAUGACACGGCGAAUUUGUCAGUGGACAGCAAACCCGCGCGAGAAGGCGCAGGGUAUGGAAAUGGAACCCCAAAAAACAAACUCUCACCGCCAGGAAAAAAUAUUCUUGAAGUACACGCUCCAAGACGCGGAGAAGGAUAAAGAGGAAACUGAGUAUAUGCUACAAGAGAAUGGGAAACCAAUUGAAUUUGUGCCACCACAAACGAAGGAGGAGGAGAAGUCGCCUUCGGAGCCAUCCCUACCGCCAGUGCCUUACUUCAAACUCUUUCGAUUUGCAACAUGCGGGGAGCUGAUGCUGAUCUUCGGCGGCCUGAUCAUGGGAACCCUGACAGGCCUGUGCAUCCCCAUCUCGACGAUACAAUACGGCGAGUUCACCACGUUGCUGGUGGAUCGAAACAUGAAGAAUCACACGAGCACGCCGACCCUAAUAAUGAAGUGGUUCGGUGGAGGAAAGGUCUUAGGAUCUAAUUCGACGUACAAGGAGAGGAUGGAGGCGCUUUACGACGACUCGGUCGCGUUCGGCGUUUCAUCCGCAGCGUUGUCCACGUUCCAAUUCGUGUUUGCCGUGUUCACGGUCGAUUUGUUGAACGUAGCUGCAUCCAGACAAAUCGUUCGGGUACGCAAGAUGUUCCUCCGCUCUGUCCUCAGACAGGACAUGACGUGGUACGACAUCAACACGUCCACCAACUUCGCCAGCAGGAUCACCGAGGAUUUGGACAAGAUGAAGGACGGCAUAGGGGAGAAGCUGGGCGUGUUCACUUAUCUGAUGGUCUCCUUCAUUUCCUCCAUCAUCAUAUCGUUCGUCUACGGAUGGAAGCUGACCCUGGUCGUGCUGAGUUGCGCGCCGAUCAUCGUGAUCGCGACCGCCGUGGUCGCCAAAGUUCAGAGCUCCUUGACGGCCCAGGAGUUGACCGCUUACGGGCAGGCGGGGAGCGUGGCCGAGGAGGUGUUGGGCGCCAUCAGGACCGUGAUCGCGUUCAACGGCGAGCAGAAGGAGGUGAACAGAUACGCGGAGAAGUUGAUCCCCGCGGAAAAGACCGGGAUCAAGCGCGGUAUGUGGUCGGGCGUUGGUGGCGGAGUUAUGUGGUUCAUCAUAUACAUCAGUUACGCCAUCGCGUUUUGGUACGGCGUCCAAUUGAUAUUGGAGGACAGGCCGAAGGAGGUGAAGGAGUACACGCCCGCGGUGCUGGUGAUCGUGUUCUUCGGCGUGUUGGCAGGCGCCCAGAACAUGGGCCUCACGUCCCCCCAUCUGGAGGCGUUCGCCGUGGCGCGGGGCUCGGCCGCGGCCAUUUUCCAGGUGCUCGAUCGCGUGCCCACGAUCGACAGUUUGAGCAAGGAGGGGCAGAAGCUUCCUGCCGUGAACGGCGAGAUCGAGUUCAAGAACGUGCACUUCCAGUAUCCGGCCAGAAAGGACGUGAAGGUGCUGCAAGGCUUGAAUCUGACCAUCAAUCGGGGCGAGACCGUGGCCCUCGUCGGAGGAUCCGGCUGCGGCAAGUCCACCUGCCUUCAAUUGAUCCAACGUCUCUACGAUCCUCACAAGGGACAGGUUCUGCUGGACGGCGUGGACGUGUCGAAGCUGAACGUGCAGUGGCUCCGCUCGCACAUAGGCGUGGUCGGGCAGGAGCCGGUGCUCUUUGACACCACGAUACGGGAGAAUAUCCGGUACGGAAAUGACAGCAUCACCGAGGAAGAGAUGAUCAAAGCGGCGAAGGAAGCGAACGCCCACGACUUCAUCAGCAAACUGCCCGAGGCGUACGACAGCCCCGUGGGAGAGAGGGGGUCGCAGAUGUCGGGCGGGCAGAAGCAGAGGAUCGCGAUAGCUCGUGCCCUGGUCAGACGACCGGCCAUACUUCUACUGGACGAGGCUACUUCCGCGUUGGAUCUUCACAGCGAAGCAACGGUGCAGAGGGCUUUGGACGCGGCCUCGAAGGGGAGGACGACGAUCGUCGUCACUCACAGGCUGUCCACGAUCACCAACGCCGAUAGGAUAGUGUUCAUAAAGGACGGCCAGGUGGUGGAGCAGGGCACCCACGAGGAGUUGCUCGCCCUCGGCAAGCAUUAUUACGGAUUGGUGUCCGCCGACGCCAGCGCCACCGCCAGAGCGAAAGCGACGGCCUCGGCCGCAAAGACGGUGACCGCAGCUAUACCGAAACAGAAGCCGCCGUUGAAGAGACAAUUCUCCACUCUGUCGAUGCACUCCCAUCGAUUGUCGUUGGCCGGCGCGUCCGAGACCUCGGCCAAUCAAUUGGAGGAGCACGAGAAACCGUACGACGCGCCCAUGAUGAGGAUAUUCGGGCUCAAUAAACCGGAAUGGCCGUACAAUAUCAUCGGGUGUCUGGCGGCGGCGAUGGUGGGCGCCUCGUUCCCAGCGUUCGCCGUCCUCUUCGGCGAGGUUUACUACGUGCUGGGUCUUCAAGACGACGAGGAAGUGCGCCGCGAAACCGUCAACUUCUCCAUUCUGUUCCUGGUUGUCGGAGUGGUGACCGGCCUCGGCACCUUCCUGCAGAUGUACAUGUUCGGGUUGGCGGGGGUGCGAAUGACCACGAGGAUCAGGAAGAUAACGUUCGCCGCGAUGCUGAAGCAGGAGAUGGGCUGGUACGACGAGGACACGAACAGCGUGGGCGCCCUCUGCGCCCGACUCUCGUCGGACGCGGGGGCAGUGCAGGGCGCGACCGGGACACGGGUUGGCGCCAUUCUCCAAGCCCUGUCCACCUUGGUCCUGGGGAUCGGCCUGUCCAUGUAUUACACUUGGAAGAUGACCCUGGUCUCGGUCGUCUCGAUACCCCUCGUGUUGGGCGCGGUGUUCUUCGAGGCGAGGGUGAUGAGCGGGCAGGGGUUGCAGGAGAAGAAGAAGAUGGAGGCGGCGACCAGGAUCGCCAUAGAGGCGAUCUCCAACAUCCGUACGGUGGCCAGCCUCGGCAAAGAGGAGGCGUUCCUGCAGCGCUACUGCUCGGAGCUGGACCACGUGGCCGAAGCGACCAGGAUCAGACAGAGGUUGAGAGGAUUGGUAUUCUCGUGUGGUCAGACCACGCCGUUCUUCGGUUACGCUUUGAGCCUUUACUACGGCGGCGCUUUGGUUGCCACCGAGGGGUUGAAUUAUCAGGACGUGAUCAAAGUGUCGGAGGCGUUGAUCUUCGGCUCUUGGAUGUUGGGCCAGGCGCUCGCCUUUGCGCCCAAUUUCAACACCGCCAAGAUCUCGGCGGGGAGGAUAUUCAAGCUGUUGGACAGAGUCCCGGAGAUCGCCUCGCCGCCCGAUUCCGAGGACAAAGAUCUCGAUUGGAAGGCGGACGGGUUGAUACAAUUCUCCAAGGUCGAGUUCCAUUACCCGACGAGGCCCGAGAUGCAAAUUCUGCAGGGGUUGAAUUUGAUCGUGAAGCCGGGCCAGAUGGUCGCUCUGGUUGGCCAGAGCGGAUGCGGCAAAUCGACCUGCAUCCAAUUGUUGCAACGACUCUACGACCCGAUUUCCGGGACCGUGACGAUGGACAGGCGCGACAUCUCCUCGGUCUCGUUGCGCAAUUUGAGAUCGCAGCUGGGCGUCGUCGGCCAGGAGCCGGUCCUCUUCGACCGGACCAUCGCGGAGAACAUCGCCUACGGCGACAAUUUCCGCCUGGUGCCGAUGGACGAGAUUAUAGAGGCCGCCAAGAAGUCCAAUAUCCACAGCUUCGUCAGCUCUCUACCACUAGGAUACGAUACUAGGUUAGGUUCUAAAGGCACGCAGCUGUCAGGAGGACAGAAGCAACGUAUCGCGAUUGCGCGCGCUUUGGUCAGGAAUCCACGAGUCCUGCUACUGGACGAGGCCACGUCCGCUCUUGAUACUCAGAGCGAGAAGGUGGUGCAAGCUGCCCUGGACAAAGCGAUGGAAGGCAGGACCUGCAUCACCAUAGCUCAUCGGUUGGCGACGAUAAGAAACGCCGACGUGAUCUGCGUCCUGGAGAAGGGAACCGUCGCGGAGAUGGGCACCCACGACGACUUGAUCGCUGCGGAUGGCCUCUACGCCCAUCUGCACGCACUCCAAGAGGCCGCGAUGGAGUAGAGGAGAGCGUCGAAACCGAGCAGCGUCCUCCCCCUCGUCGACGCUCCCCUCUCGGGCCGACGGUCGAAAGAAAGCGGCGUCCCUCCCCAAGAAGCUAGGAUUAACUCUCUCCGGAGACAAGCGGAGUAGACGAUAUUUCCCCUGACUCGUCGAUCGAGAGCGCCCGAGGAGAGGAGAGUACUCGUGACGGAGCUUUCGUAUUAUUAUAUUUUCACACCGACGGAUGGAUAUGCUCCCUUCAUCGUCCCAAUUGCUGAUCCCACCCUUGUCCAAUUUUAUCAUAGACGUUCGUUUCAACGAUAGAGUUUCUCACUCAGUUUUAUUUUAACCGUGUAUCUCUUCGUUUCUCUCUUCCUCCUCUCCCUCUCUCGAGACGAGCAACUCGAAAGGAGAGAGGAGGAGAAAGAUCUUUCGCAACGGAUUCGAAUUAUUAACAGAUCUCAUCGAUAUUCUGUCCUUCGUUCCGUAUCUUGGACGUCGAGUUUCUUUCCUGUUUCGCACGGUGCUUGCUAUUCUCCGUGGCGGGUGUAAAACAAUCUAAUAAGAACAACCGCGCGAUCCAAUCGAUGAGCGAUGCCUCGAAAUACCGGAAACUGACAAAAAUCCGAAUUAUUGUCGGAUUAUUCUCUUCGCUGUGAUCAUCCCUAACGAAAGAUUGGUUCUUCGUUUUGUUUCUUUUCUCUUUUUUUUCCCGCGAUAAUCCGAAUCGAUACGAAGAAGAUUCUUGCACGUUCAACCUAUGCCACGAUUCAAAUACGACGCGAUGGAUCUCGAACGAUUCUUCGUUUCCGAUUUUGCUCGAGGAGAAUACGAAACGAAAUCCAGGAUAGCGAAGGAGAUAUACAGAAGAUAUAUACAGGGAUCGAGGAGAGGCGGGACUCGGGAUAUACGCGUGGAAUUAAGGAGUAAGGAACGGCGUAGGAAAGAUAUUCGCGCCGAUUUAUGGGGAUUGAUCGAACGAUACGAACAAUGGACGACAGGUGUUUUGAAAAAUGGCACGCCGCGAGCGAUGUCCUCUUCCCCGACGACCAUCUUCCAUCCGUGUCGGACGCAUGAAAAAUGUAUGAACGUAUGUAUCAUCCCCCCCACCAUCCGAUCACCACCCUCUCUCGAGUCUCCCUUCUCUCUGCCACUCCGAAACACACACGUACACACACAGAUUUUUAUCCGCCCUCGCGUAGCCGCCUCUAUUACCUUCCCACUAAAUAUAUAUAUUAUACGAAUCCGUAAAGUGUCGAUUGUGUCUAUCAGGGACGAAAGAAAAACUUUAAAGGAUAAUCGGCCACUUUUCGUGCCUUAGCAUGCUUCGUGUUCAAUUAAAGAGAUACAAGGAGGAAGGAGCAGAGAAGGAAUGUUUCGUUUUCGUGAAUCGUUUAUGGGGAAAAUUUUUAAAGGCAGGUGUGUGUGUGUUUCCGCAAGUCGAGGAACAUCUCUAUCCAUCAAAUCAGCUCUCGUUGGAUUUUCGUGGCCGAGCCAUACAUGGAUACUUCUUUACCCAAACUUGUGCCUUCGUAUAGCCUUAGCGAUAAGAUUCCGUCGACCGUUCUCCACAUUUAUCAGACGAUCGUGCGCGACACGCGGUUAAGAUUUUUCAAAAACGCAAUCUCCGAAUAUUUCGAGACCCUCUCUGAGAUACUUUUUUUGGAAGGGGGAGAAAAGAAAAAAGAGAAAUUAUUAAAAGACUCUUGAAACUUGUUAUUGCUGUUACCGUUUCUCGCGUGUUCGUUUCACGAGCAAAAGGUCGACUUAAAGAGUACUUAAAUUUAACCACGAGACGCGAAUCGAAUCGAAGGCCUUCGUAAUUAACUUUGUAUACCGGCGAUCGAAGCGGCAAAAUGCUUUAUUAUUAUUAUUAUUAUUAUUACCACUGCGACAAUACGCUACGUAGCUAUGUAGAGACGACGCGUUCGGGACGAGGAACGAGCGUUUCGAAAAGAUGGCGUUCGAAAAUGGCGCGCGGAUUCCCCGUUCUUCAUUCAUUCGGCCCGGGAUCCGAGAGGCGUCAUUAUUUUUACCCGUGUACUUAUUCCGCGGAUGAUCGCGGAGCGGAUCGGAGGAUAAAGUUAAAAAAAAAAAAAAAAAAAAAGAAAAGAAAAGAAGGAGAAAAAGAGAUGGAACAAGUACAAUCAACGACGCAUCGAAUCACGAUCCGACGACGAUCGAUUUUUUUUUUUCACAUGUGAGGAUUUUUUUUUUUCUCCCGAUCCAAAAUAGAUUUCGUAUUGGAAACUCCCGGGUGUCCUUUCUCUUUUGAGUCGCGAUCAUGGGUGCUCGAUACGUUUGACAAAUCAUCUUCGGACUUAAUCUAUUAAUAACGAAUCAAAAAAUUGAGCUUAAACCUUCUAUCAUCUACUUUUCAGAAUAUAUUAUUAUUAUUAUUAUUAUUAUUAUUAUUACUAUUAUUAUUAUUACUACUAUUAUUAUUAUUAUUAUUAUUACUAUUACUAUUAUUAUUAUUAUAUACUUAUACAUAUAUAAAUAUACAUAUAUACACGUAAGGACACGAUAUCGAGCACUGAAUGGGAGAGAGUGAGUGGGAACGUAUAGUAGAAAUGAGUGUGAAGGUGAGAAAGAGAGGGAGAGAGUUGUGUAGCGUACAUGGUGUAAAAGAUAUCGAAAAUUGUUACUUAAGAUUUAAGGCUGCGGCCAGCGUAACUUAAGAGCAGAGAUCUUAACAAAAAAAAAAAAAAAAAAAAAAAGAAAAAAAAAGAAAAAGAAAAAAAAUUAAUUAAAAAAAAAAAAAAAAGAAGCGUGAACCGGGCGAUCGCCUGGUUCAAUUGCGUGUGUGACUCAAAAAACAGGAAAAAAAAAAUAAUGGCGAAAGGAAGCAACAGCAGCAGCAGCGUGUGUGUCAUUUUAUUUUCUCUCUUUUUUUUUCUUCUUCUUUUUCCAUUUUUUUUUUUCGUUCUUUUUUUUUUUCUUUCAUAUAUCGAAAGCGUGUCAUGUUGUUGUAAUUAUUACGAGCGAUUACUAUAGUAAGUGACGAUAAAGAGGAAGUAUUAAUUUUU